AUGACACCGUACGAGGCUCUGUAUAGGAAGUGCCGUACUCCGUUGACUCUGAUUGAGGUCGGAGAUAAACAGGAACUGGGUGCCACUUUCUUGAAAGAAACUGUUAAGAAGAUCAGUUUGAUAAAAGAAAGAUUGAAAGCGGCUCAAGAUCGACAUCAGAAGUAUUAUAAUCAGAAGCACAUGUUUGUUGAGUUUCAAGUUGGUGACUUUGUGUAUGUCAAAGUCAGCCCGAUGAAGGGUGUGAGUAGAUUUGGCCAGGUGAGCAAGCUUAGUCCAAGAUAUAUUGGACCUUUUGAAAUCUUGGAAAGGAUUAGAAAAUCUGCUUAUCGACUGUUGCUUUCUGAUUCAAUGCCUGAUGUGCAUAACGUGUUUCACGUAUCCACUUUGAGGAAGUGGGUAUCAGAUUAUGGGAAGAAGUUGUCUGCUGACGAGGUUGAGAUUCAGGAGAAUCUGGCGUACAAGGAAGAGCCAGAGUUGAUUUUGGCGUACGACGUCCGAAAGCUACGAAGUAAAGAGAUUCCGAUGGUUAAAGUCCAGUGGAAGCACCGUACUGCACGGAAAGCCACUUGGGAGAAGGAGUCUGACAUGAGACAGUCGUAUCCGUAUCUGUUUUGA